AUGAAGUCAAUCAACUAAGAUCAAUACAAGACUGUAAUUAAUAAUCCUAAGCAAAUUAUGAAAUAGGUUAUGAGAUCAUCAAAAGAUUCUAGACAUAAUUUAAAAGAAACAUCUAAAUUCUAAGAAAGGACUGGAUUCAGCGGAGCCACUUAUAAUUCUACUACAGUAUCCAUUUACCACAAAAACGCUAGAAGCUUAAUGAAUCAAUCAAUUGAUAGAGCCAAUCAAAUAAAAAAGCAAAUAAUUAAGCAUAGAAUGGCUUCCUCUUAAGCAAUCAACGGUAGAAACAGAAUUAAUGACAUGAGUUUUUAAUCAAGAACCUAGUAGACCAUUGACUUCAGGAGAAAUAAAAUGCAAAAUGAUAUCUAAAGCAUGCUUAAUCGCACAUUUUAGGAUAUGAAAUUAAUAAAAGAUAGUGGUGUAAUCAGUGGGUCUAAAAAUUUAGAGUAGCAUUCAAAACUAAAUAAUCAUGGGCAUGUUAAAAGAAUUAUCAAUCAAUUCAUGAAACAGGAUAUUGAGCAUAUCAAGAACGAAUUGAAACAUGACAAAAGAGAUUUCAUUCCUUUUGAUUUUCUAGAUCACUAAAGACAUAACAGACCUUAUGUUAAGAAAACAAUAGUUUUUAGACCAAGAAAAGAAAAGGAUAAAAUUGAAUUCGCUGAUGAAAUCCCUCGAAGAUGGAAGGAGCAACCUAAUUCUCCACUUAAAAAUACAAAAUAUUUCGAUUAACUUGAGCAUCAUGAAAUGGAAAAACUUUAGAAAUCAUUUGUUCCUAAUGAGUAAAGUCGAAAUAUCGAAGAGGAAAAUAACGUAUAGGAGAUUAAGCUAAAUAAAACUUCAGACUUGAUAAAAAAAUAUUCUGUUCAUAAUAUAUCUUAAAGUCCAAUAAACAAAGCCAGAAAACUUAAAGCUGCUUUGAAUUAGGAGAAAGACUCAUUGUUGUAGAGAUCCAGUUCCUCUAGCAGAAAAAGAUAGAUGCAAAAAUAGAAAAAGAAAUAGUUCAAAAUAUCAUUAUUCAAGAACAAUAUAUUUACUAGCUUGACAAACAAUUAUAAAAAUACCUCAUUCUCUUAAAAUUCACCAUAAGAAUACAGAUUGAAUUAGAGCAUACUUAAUUCAACUAAUUUCAGUGAUUUUUUGGGAAACAAUCCUAAAGUUGUUGAAGAUCUUAACUCUUAAAAUCCAGAGAUGAUGCCUUCGAGAUUUAAGCAUUCAUUUAUCAAUGGUGAUCAGUAAUUGUUUAAGGAGCUUGAGUAGCAUAAAAGGAGAUCUUAUUUUAAAGUAAAAGUCUUUGAUAAGGAUUCACUUAUUUAAUAAAAUAAGAAUAAAGUAGAAGGAAUAACUGAUUUACCAGAAGAUGAAACAAUAAUUGAGAGUAUGGUAGUCAAUAAUCUCAAUAAAAGAUGUGGUACUGCAAAUUUCAAAAGUUCUAUUGAAAGAUAAUUCAUCAACGAGAAAAAAGAAAAAGCUCCUCCAGUAGGAUCUUAUGAUUACAGUACAAGUCAGCUGUAUGCUAAAAUGAAAAAUGAAAACCUAGAUUUACUCAAAAUUCCUGGUAGAAAAGAACAAAAAGACGUUGACGGGGAUCUUAAUUACAAAGGUUUACUGAAUAACUUUAAUUAUUCAACUUUCAAAGAAGCUAAUGGGCCAACUUUUAACAAAAUACAGCCAAGAGAUGAUGUAAGUUUCUUGAAGCACUUAGCAAGAUACUAAAUGGCUCGUUAACUAGGCAUGGAUAUGCAGGAAUUCGAAUAGCUUUGGAAGAUUGACAAAUAAGGUGUGUAUGAAAGAUUACUCAUGCUUAGAAAAAGCUGA